AUGGAAGAUGGUCAUAAAUGGAGUUCAUCUGUGCACUUCUAUGUACACCGUCUGUCCUCAAAUAAAUUAACGUGUGAGCCUAAGAUAAAUAAUACAAUCUACCUGUGGAGGAUAAAUGGCCGAAACAUCACAGAAGAUGGCAAGAGGAAGCUGUCUGACGACAACAGAAUUCUCACUUUACUUAAUAUUGUGAGGAAUGACACAGGACCCUAUGAGUGUGAAGUCCACAACCCAGUGACCAUUUCCCGAAGUUUUCCGUUUUAUCUGGAAAUUUCCUAUGGUCCAGAUGACCCCAUCAUAUCUCCCUCAAAUACUCAUUUCCAUUCAAGGACAAACCUCAGCCUCUCCUGUGAAGCAGACUCUAUCCCACCAGCACGAUACUCUUGGUUUGUCAAUGGAGUGCUCCAGGCAUCCUCCCAAGAGCUCUUUAUCCCCGACAUCACUACUAAUAAUAGUGGGUCCUAUACCUGCUUUGUCCAUAACUCUGUCACUGGCCUCAAUAGGACCACAGUCAAGAUCAUUACAGUCCUUGAGCCAGUGACUCUGCCUGUCAUCCAAGUCACCAAAACCUUAGUCAAAGAAAAUGACCACGUGAUGCUGACCUGCGUCUCAAACGACACUGAGGUCUCCAUCCAUUGGCUCUUCAAUGGCCAGAGUCUGAGGCUCACAGGCAGGAUGAAGCUGUCCCAGAACAACAGCACCCUCAGCAUAAACACUUUCUUGAGGGCGGAUUCUGGAGAAUAUGAGUGUGAGGUCUCCAAUCCAGUCAGUUCCAAGAGGAGUGACUCCAUCCAGCUGGACAUAAUGCGUGAGUGA